GAAGAAUAUCAAUGACAGCUACGAACUAAGCUAAAAUUAAUCGUGAGGUGAAAUCCAUUUUAAGUAAAAAAUGAUUUAAGGAGACAAAUUUAUGCAAAAGUGAUAAAUACUUAGUUUCGUUAAUAUACUGAAGCUCUUAUUAAUCGUAUUAAAAAGUGUCAACCUCUGGACAAAUGACUACAGUAGUGUGAAUGACUAUAGUGAUCAGUCUAUCCAAAAAAGGGUGUCUUCAAGAAAUGUGUUAGGCCCAUGAAUUUAUUGCGAAAAAGAAAAUAGAAGAUAUGAGUGGCAGACCUAGAACUACGUCAUUUGCAGAGGGUAAUAAGCAAGCUAAAAAUCCACCCCUAGGUGGCAUGAAAAUCAGCAGUAAAGACGGAAGCAAAGUGACGACUGUUGUAGCUACUCCCGGCCAAGGGCCAGACAGACCACAGGAGGUAUCCUACACUGACACCAAAGUAAUUGGAAACGGCAGCUUUGGGGUCGUCUAUCAAGCUAAAUUAUGUGAAACAUCGGAGUUAGUAGCAAUUAAAAAAGUACUGCAAGAUAAACGGUUUAAGAACCGAGAAUUACAAAUUAUGCGGAAGUUAGAACAUUGUAAUAUAGUUAAACUCAAAUAUUUCUUUUACUCUAGUGGAGAUAAGAAAGAUGAGGUGUACCUGAAUUUGGUUUUGGAAUACAUCCCUGAAACAGUUUAUAAAGUGGCACGUCACUACAGCAAAUCGAAACAAACCAUACCUAUUAGCUUUAUCAAGUUGUACAUGUACCAGUUGUUUCGUUCAUUAGCCUACAUUCACUCAUUAGGUAUAUGUCAUAGGGACAUCAAACCACAAAAUUUGUUGUUAGAUCCAGAAACUGGAGUAUUAAAAUUAUGUGAUUUCGGCAGUGCAAAGCAUCUUGUGAAAGGCGAACCAAACGUUUCCUACAUAUGCAGUCGGUACUACAGAGCACCUGAAUUAAUAUUUGGUGCUAUUGAUUAUACGACAAAAAUUGAUGUAUGGAGUGCGGGAUGCGUUUUAGCAGAACUCCUCUUAGGUCAGCCUAUAUUUCCCGGAGACUCCGGCGUUGAUCAAUUGGUUGAGAUUAUCAAAGUGUUGGGAACACCGACUAAAGAGCAGAUCAAAGAAAUGAAUCCAAAUUACACGGAAUUCAAGUUUCCCCAAAUCAAAUCACAUCCAUGGCAACAGUUUAUGUUAACAAGAAUGUCGAUGCCGUUUGACAGCACAAAUCAUCAAAAAAUACGUGUAUUUCGAGCACGUACACCGCCGGAAGCAAUUGAAUUGGUAGCGAAAUUGUUAGAAUAUACGCCAUCUUCGCGAAUUACCCCCCUUCAGGCUUGCGCACACAACUUCUUCAACGAAUUGAGAGAACCAAAUACUCGCCUACCUAAUGGAAACGAACUCCCCCCAUUAUUUAAUUUCACUGAACAAGAAUUAAACAUUCAGCCAGCGUUGAAUGCUACACUUUUGCCUCGAGGUGGUCAAACUGGACAAGAUGCAGAUAAUAAUAUGCAAGACCAUCCUUCGUCUUCUACUAACCCACAAUCGACAGACCCUGCAACAACUCCAAUCCAACCAACAACGUCAAGUAUAGCUUAGAUGGUCCAUACCAUCGUGUAAAGUGCUGUUUCGAUGUUUGUUGUACUGCAUAGAUUAACUAAAUCAGCAAUACACUAAGCCAGGCGUUCAGUAGUGUUUAUAAUAUUAAAAGAAAAAAAAACGCUAGAAAUCUUCAGAAAGCGAAAAAUUCGUAUCGAAGAAUCACUAUUAUUGGUAUUUUUAUUAUUUCUAUUUAUAUGGGUAAACAUAUUAGUGUCUGGAAAUAAUAAUAAGCUCAAAGAAACAAAAAAUACGUUAGUAAGGAGAAGAUGUUAAAUUACUAAUUAUAUCAGUGGGUUACGGUACAAGCUUUUCAAGUGACUGAUUGUAUAAAUUAUUGUAUGAUCUGACAUAUUUGUAGAUAAACUAGACAUUUUCAAUUAAAAUCGGAUAUUUUAUUAUGCGUCACUAAUACUAGGCCCAAACGCCUUUCCGUUAAUUGAACAUAUAAAAUAAAUUUAAUUUAAAUUUUAUUUGCUUUGUGUCCUUUUUUCAAUCGAUCUCUUGAUAAUUUUUAAGGAGAAUUUAAAAGAAUUUCAAUUUUUAUUAUUUCAUGGUUUAUUUCUUUAGUUUUUAUGUCCACCAGUUGGCGCUGCAGGCGAGUGAGGUAGAUAAUAUAGUAAAUAGAUAUGAUUAACUCAUGAAUGCCUAAAACUUUUUUAUGAAAAUUUUUAUCAAUUGAUAUUUCAAAAUGAUCUUGAAUAAAUAAUAAUUAUGAGUAGUUUCUACACAAACAUUUCAGGGUUUAAAUCAGGGUAAUGACAUCAAAUAGUUUUGAAAUUAUUUUUAUCAACCAAACAAGUUAUUACAAAAUUAUCAAUCUACAGUCUGAAUUGAAAGAGUUUCUUAUUAAUAUAUUCCUCAAGGUGUUUUUCUAAACGUCAACAAUUUAUAUUUUAUGGUUGAUGGUAUGUAAAAAAACAUUCCGGGUAGAGUGAAAAAUUGCAUUUGUUACAUGAGUAAAUUGUUAUGAUACACACACAAACAUUUUAUAUUUAGAUUCCCUUUUCACAAUGAUCCAACUGAUCCAAAAUGUCUUCCCGUACAGAAUGUACAGAACACAUUCUCUAGGAAAUUGCAAAAGAUCUAUACUAGACCUUCCUCUGUAAUACCCAUCUUUGUAUCAUAAAAGCAUUUAUGGCCCAGAAAAUAUAAAACCACUAAUUUUUUGAACCUUAUUCCAAUCUUAUUAUGGCCCAGAAAAUAUAAAACCACUAAUUUUUUGAACCUUAUUCCAAUCUUAUUAAAUCGAUUCCUCCCAUUUGAACUAGAGUUAUUUGAAUUGAGAUUCGCGGUUUUUGGGGCGUUACAACACAAUUUAGGGUUAUUGCUAUUUCAUAAGACCAUAUCCAAUUUCUUGUUGGAAAUAAUUUGGCCUUUACCUCAUACCUACUUACCAAGAAUGUUUAUAUCUUGCAGAGGUAGUUUUUUAUAAUUUACUUUAUUUCUACGGAGUGUCCCUAUCCCCACUUUUUUGUUCAGUUAUAUUCGCAAUUUUUAUUCCUAGAAAAUUCUCAAUUAUCAUGCAACUUUAGUUGCAAUUAGUCAUUAAUAGAUUAAAGAAAGACAAAACUCUUAAAUAGUCCGUACAAUAUGGACAUUUAAAACAACAAAAGUUUCCGGAAAGCCAAAUAUUGGUGGAGAGCUGGGGUUUACCAUUACAAAUAAAGUUUUAAAAAUCCCCAUCGAUCCUAUGUGUGCUACAAAAGUUAUUCGGGAUCAAUGGUCAAAAUUUGAGGUUUUUUGGAUUUUUCUUGAAAACAGUAGGCUUUAUCACCAAAAACUUCAAACUUAAAUUCUUUACAAAAAUGGUCUGAUUUUUUCCUGCAAUACCCUCAUAUUAUUAUUGGGUUAACUAUUGCUUUGAUUUCUUUAGGUAUUUUAAUCAGAAUCAUAAUCUUGAAAAUCUACUUCAACAGUUAUGUCUUCUUCGAUUUCUUCUUCUUUCUCUUGUUGGAUGUUCAUGAAUUGAUCAAAUGUGACUGAAUCAUUGGUCUCUUCAUUAAAAUCACGGGUAUCUUCCUAUAUUGUACUCAGCAGGACAUUUGAGCAAGACUGACCCUGGCAAUUGUUACACGCUGGAGACCAGAGCAACCCGACUUUUUUACAGCCACAUUUGGCACUACAACCUUUUUUGCAAUUGCAAAAAAUAGUAUUGAGGCGUUUUUCUGGAGUGGAAGUUUUAAUCGGUUUCAGAGUAUUAUUUAUCAAUUUCCAACCCCAGUCCUAAGUUGAGUUGAUUGCCUAGCCAUGUUUGAACUCGAUACAAGUGUUGAAUAGCAGAUGCCGAUGUUGGAGGAAGAUAUGAUAGUUGUACUUGAUUCUCGUUUCACGUAUUUUUUACAAAUGUUAAGUAUAGGUAUUUGUCAAUAAAAGUAAAUUUUUCUGGAGCUCCAUAAACCGCAAAAAGGAAGCGAAUUCCUUCCCUAAUUAUUGUUUGAGGUGUGGAAUCAAUUUCUGUAAAUACUUUAGCGCAGUCAGUCAAAUCUUUUUUUUUUAUUUUAUUAUUUUAUUAAUUUAAAUAUAGUUUUGUUUGCUUAAUUUUUUUUAUUUCAAAUAUAAGGACAUCUGCAUCAUUUUAAGCUUGUAUUGAGACACAAUUAGGUGUUUAUAUUUGUCUUAAGUGCCUGAUACGUAUAUACGUAGUUUAUAUGUGCAUAUCAUGUAUAAUGUGACUCUUAGAAUCGCGAUAUCUCAGGAAUGGGAACACUUAAAAAAUCAUGAAAACCAUUUUUUGAGAAAAUUUUAAAAUCUAUAACUUUGGUUUGAGGUUUUUUUAAAUAAAACUAACCGUUUUUGGGAAAACUCCAAAAAAACUGUAAUUUUGUCCUUUGAUCCCGACUAACUUUUGUAGCACACAUAGGAUCGAUGGGGAUUAACUUAGUUCCAAAAUAUUGUCCACAUAACUUUUUAAAGUGUCAACAUAAGAUUGGGUUUAACUUUUGGAGGGACGAAAUAAGUAUUCCAUUCCAUUAAUGGUUAUUUGGUAUUUGCACUACCCAUCUAGUGCUAACCUAACACGCGAAAAAUAUAUGAUAAGCUACAUUUACUUCAUUUUUUUUUAAAUUCACCUACGGUUUCUAUAUAGGUUUUUCCCAAACUGCACGUACUUGUUUACAUUUACCACAGAUUGACGUCCAUAGCAUCCUUUUUAUCACGCACCCAUUUUCUGAAUCGGUCAUCAACGUUUCUCCGUGAUUUGACGUUCUUUGCAUUCGAAAAACGAAUCAUUGGGUGGAAUUUCUUCGCAAACAACUGGAUGUGUAACUUUAGUUAUUUCACACUAGUUUCACGAUAUUUACACAACCAAUAACUAUCUCAAACUUCAGCUAUGUCACUAUGCUUAAUAAUAAUUGACACAUAUUCGCGGAUUUGUAAAUGGAAAAAAACCUACUUUAAUAAUAUACUUCUAAUUGUAUUCAUAAUUCUUGCCAGGACUUUUUCUAAUGUCUUAAAGGAGCCUCUACUUGUUUUAACCCCUUUUUUAUUUCCAAUCUGUAAAAUUUUACAAUGAGCAAAUGGUUUAAAGCAAUAUAAACUGUCUGGUAGGAGAAUUAUCCAUUGACAAUUUCCCUUCACUUAAAAAAAACGUUUGAUGGAGGAAUAACCACACAUAACAACACAUCACUAUGACCCUAAAAUCUGUCAGGUGGGAGGUCUCAUUAGGGGUUGAGCCAAUGUGUUGGGAUGUGUUGCCAUGCGGUAAGAAUAUUUUUGGGAGAAGUGAGGUAUUUCUUCUUUAACUGACUUAGUUUGGAGGUCACAAGCGAUAACGCUGUUGGUUACAUACCAAGGAGCAUUUACAAUAAUUCUGAGUACUACAGAUAAAUUCUAAGGUAUUUUACACUCUCUUUUUGUUGCAGAAGAUGCCCGCUCAAUAUUACAGUGGGACAGGUUCCUCUCCGUUGGGUGUAGGUAACAUGCACAGAUGUGUAAACUAAAUGGCGUCCAAUUUUGUCUGCAUUAUAUGAGAGGCCAAAGCUAGGUCCUGGUGAUAUACUAGCGCGGCAGUGUCAUCCGCAUAUGUUGUGGUGUUACGUUGUUGUGCGUGGUAAUAUCAGCUGUGUACAAGAUAGAGGAUCAGGCCAAGUAUACUCGAUAAUGAUAAUGUAAUCUUGAAUUUUGACUUGAAAGUGUCUGUUCUGAAGGUAGGGUUUGGUUGAUUGGUACACUUUUUUGUUAAGUGGCUCUCUAAAUCCAAAUUGGUGGUUAGGUAUUAGUCUACUGGCUUUUAGAAUCGGUUCUAUUUUCUCAAACAGCAAUUUUUAAUCAAGUUUUGACAUAACUGGUAAUGGGCUUAUUGGUCUGUAAGAUGUAGUGUCUUCAAGAGGCUUCCCUGGCUUAGGAAUUGGUAUAAUUUGGGCUACCUCACACAAAUCCUUUACUUGAAAGAUCGUUACAAAUAGAUUAUGGGUCCACUUCACUUUAACAACUAAGUUAAAAGGCCCUUUAAUCUAAAAAAACCUUAAAGGCUUAAGUAUCAGCUACUGUAAUUUAUUCAUCUUCAAUCAUUUGUUUGAAAUUGAAUCCAUCUGUUUUCUGUCGUUUUGUUGACAUUGUUUCUCAAAUAUGAAAACAUAAAAGUAUGUAAGGAGUAAUUUUAAUGCCAAAAAUUCAUAUACUUAUGAAUUAACAUACUAAUAUGCAUAUGCUGAUAACUAUAAGGUACAUACCAUAUUUUCUUUAAAAAUAUAUCAGAAAAUAAUGUUGACUAACUGUCGAAUGUUUACCUCUUUUUUUCAUUAAAUACUUCAUCUUCUAAGAAUAAAAAACAAUUAUUAUUUGAAAAAAUAAUAACUUUCAUAAGCAGUAAAAAUAUUUAUAUGUUUGAAUAAGAAACUUUCUACUAUAUAUAAAAUUCAUCAGUCAUGGAGAAAAAGUCAAGGUAUGUCCCCACUUAAUGAAUACGUGAAGAUGCCUCAGAGAGGACGAAACUUGGGCCGAAUACAUUGCGCGAUGGCGGUCUACAUCAAAGGAAAAAAGUGAUUACGCGUUUCUGCACUGCGCUUAAUCUCGGUAAUCAUUUGAUAUUUAUAGUCGUUCACUUAUUCUUCACCGGUUUGAUUAAUUUUCGAAAGAUUUUGUCCAGUAGUUCCGCGAAGGACAAGCUUCAAAUUGUAUCACAUGCAUCCUUUACUUUGGAAUAGUCGUCUGACGUAUUACAAUAACGUAGAUAAACGUCAUGAUGCUUUGAUUGAAAUGUAGAAACUCAUAUCGACUUUACAAAACUGAUUGAACCUGAUAUUGUUUUUAUUUUUACGUGAAUAGUUACAAAAAUGAAAAAUUGCUACGGUAGAUAACGAAAAAAUGGACUUCGCAACAACUACUUAUUUUGGUGCACGCGAAUGAAAAAAAAAAUGUGUGGAUAUACCUCGAUGUCGAAGUAGCCAAUCGUGAAAACGCACUAUAAAGAAGCAUGAAUAAACCUGCCAAUGCUCAUUUCUAAAAGAAAAUGAUUCAGCGAAUUAUAUCACUAGAAACAAUUUUACAAAUAUAUAUAAUGCAAGUUUCAUGGCUUGAUAUAUUCCUUUUUUUCAUUUUAUUUAUCUUUGAUUCUAUUUCCCCAGUUUUUAAAUUUGAGCUCAAUUUUAUUCUUUAUCGCUUUAAAUCUUCAUCUUAUUGUAGGUCCACAUCUUUGUCUUCAUUUUCCAUUCCUACUAUCUAUUAACUUAGGUACUCUUUUGUCAAUAUGUCUUAUUUAUCAUAAUCUGUACCGUUGAUUAUUAUUAGAUUAAAAAUUAAAAAAGUUUGACUAUUUCGUUGUAGGGUCUUCAAGAAAUAGUCCUUAUUCUAAUGGGGCUGUUUUCUACGAUUUUAUUCUUCAAACGGUCCAAUAACUCUAAGUAAUAUUAGGUCAUGCUCAUUUCAAAAUAUUGAUUCCAUAACCUUUUAUUUUUGAGUCUUUUCGCGCUUUGAAGUCGGUUCAUCACAUGCAGCUCCAUCGGCUGAGUGUCGAUCGGACUCCGAUAUGAAUUGCUAGAUAGAACCAUAUAUGAUUACGAUUAUCCAAAUACUUACCAGAAUAGACAAUUCGUUGUCUCUUUUAACAGAGAUUUCGCAUACCCAAAUAUUCAUCCAAAAUAUGUCCAACACAUUCUUUUAACAUCUUUAGUGUCUCAGUUAUCUCGAUAAACUCCACUCUGCGGUUAAAUGAAAUUAUUUUUUGGACUUGUUGGUGUUUUCGUCGGUGGCGCAGUGGACGCGGUCGAUUUUCUUGGGCCAAAAUCGGAAUAAUGUUUAUGAAGCCAAUACUUGACUUUAAUAAUAUUAUUUUUUAUAAACAAUCAAAAACUAAUGGUACGACUUCUUGAAAAUUUAUAUACGUGUUUUCAGAGGGUUUUGGCUAAAAUUGUAUGGAUUUUUUUUACUAGUAGCUCCAUGUAUGUGACAGCCUAUGAACUUUUUAACCCACCUAAUAAAGCCCAAAUUUUUAAUAAACUGUAGGGAUAUAAUGUGACAAAAUAUACCAUCAAACUCAACUAAACCCUUAAAAGGUCUUUUCAAAUUUUACUAUCGAUCUUAUCAACCAUAAUAUUAAUUGACAUACUCGCUCUUUAGACUAUUUUUACCUAGCAAUAACUGAAAAUUGAGCUUACAAGCGCAUAUUUAUACUGAACAUACUCUACGGCAAUGAUCAAUUCCUCUCUUUAGUUGUUACUAGGAUCGAUACUAAUGCUGGUUUUACAAGAGUUGUAAACUAUCCUUACACUCGCCUGAGAAAUGUAUUAAUUCAAAGUAAAUAUUUUAUGCUAAUUUGCAAUUAAACCAAAUGGCAUAAAAAAAUUUUGUAUUUUUGCAAACUGCGAUUUGUAGUUCCGAAGAUAAUUACAUUGCUGUCAAUGAAACGUCCUGGUUCUUACCAGUGCAACAAAAUCAGGGGUCUUUAUUUUCAACAUAUGUUUAAAUUAAGUAUGUAUUGGAAAAAUUUGUUGUAUUUGAACUAAAACGUUAUGCUAAAAUCAUAAAGACAUUAUUAAAUUAACAUAAUUCUAGUUAAAAUUUAUUGUUCACUUCAAAAUAUAUUUGUAAAGUUAUUGUUUAUUUGUUUAUAUAAUCCGAAAAAUUAUGUGCCUUGAGACCUCUAAGAAAGAGCAAAAAUUUGAGCCAAGUCUUAAAGAAGUCUAAUCUAAUUUGUUUUCGUAUAAGUGUAUUUUGAAAUGAUCUAAAGUCAAUUCCAAAUUUUAGUCAAUUGAUUAUUUCAAACAAUUUAAUAUCUCAUUUUUACACUCUCAUAUCUUCUGUCACACUAUUUUCUACAGAUAAAUGUUGGCGAGAUAUCGUUAAAGGUACAAUGCUAGUUCUGUUUACUAUAUUUUUCGUCUUCUCAAAAUAUAGUGGAAGGUCUUAAACUUCUAGCAAAUCUCAUUGUCUGUGGUCGAACUAAGGAGUUCGAUAAACAAAAUUGGAUUUCAAAAAAAAUUAAAAUAUUUUUUCUUUUAUCUUUAUAUCUUUCUAUUAAUUUAGCAGAUACGAGUUAUGUGUCACGUUUUGACUUUCAGAUAAUUCUAAUACCAUAUUAUUCUAAAAGGAAUCAUUUCUUUCCACCCUUCAAAUCUUCAAUUCCAUAAUAUAACCUUAGCGCCCAAAUUAAUUUAUUUUUUAUUUUCAUAUUUUUUUCCAGUAUUCUAAGAAGAAAUAACUACUAAGAAAUCAUAUGUUUUCCAUUAUUUGUCCUUUUUAGUACCUACGAUAAGAGGCCAACCAUUUGACCAACGUCACACUUCCAGCACAUCUACGGCUGUUAGAUAAGAUGACAAAAUGAUCCAUCUAAUAUCUGGUACCAUCGGUGCUGCGCAUUUUCCAUGUAAUUUGCUGAUAUUUACAUCUUCUCUAAGUAUAAAUGGUAUAAAUCGAUUUGGUAUUCAAAACCUUAUUGGCUUCCCACAGAUGAAUUGUUUACAUCCGUGGCGUCCGUAUAUUAUAGUCUCGUCAUAGCACAGAUUCUGAAUUGGUUAAAAAUUAUUCCAAAACUUGUCUUUUAUUGUUUUCAUUAGUGGUCGCAACUUCCAAACCUUAUCAGACUUAAUUACGUUAGUAUUAUCUGAUAUAUGGAUAAAUCUUUAAAUCUGGAUAAAUAUAUUUCUCCUCAUUAAAUCUGAUACCAUUUUGUUAUACAGCAAAUUUCGGAAGCAAUAAUUUCAAGGUCCACUACGUUUUUAGGUUGAGCUUAUUUUCGUGUUUCUUAACAAAAUACUGAAAAAUACCGACGUCAAAAAAGGAGGAAUAGCUCAACUAGAGACAUAUAUAGAAAAAUCUGCCUCCAAAAAUUGUCGAACUAUCGACGUAUAGUCACUUACAGUUCGGGGCGCAUUAUCCUGACUAGUUUCCCCUACUUUCUUAUUAUUUAACAGCUUCAUUCAUGCAGAAGCUCUUAAUUGACGAACUACAAUAUCAAAAAUCAAUGAGGUAUAAAUAAAUAUAUAGCAAAAUAGGUACCAGUUAGUUUACGGAUCAUGCUUCCUUCGUCCUCGUCAACGGAAUCUUCAUCUGUGACUACAUUAUUAUCUAAAAAUAUUUCAUCAAUUUAUUGGAGCAAGAGAAGAACUUACCAUCGAAUGUCCAUUGUUUUGUGAACAACAAAAUUGAUAUAAUUUACUGGUAUACUACUGCGGAGCCGUCUCCAAACACAAUGUCAGUAUAGAAAAUUAAAAGCGAAUGCUUACAAAGCAUUCAAAAGAAAUCGCACGAUCCCACUUCUUCAAAAACCAUGACGGUGGGUUGUAGAACGGGAAGAUGAUUUGCGAUACCAUAUGGAAUCCGUGGACGUUAAUAGGUUAAUCAGUUAAGGCAAUACUUCUUCUCGUUUUAACAUGUUAGAUCUUAAGGAACCCAAUAAGAACAGUACUUGUUCCUUAAUUCCGUUUUGUUCGAAAAAGAAAAUCUUUCUGAAAAACAAAACCCUCUAAAAGCAGUGGUAAGUAGUGAUUCAAAGGGAUAGCUAUACUAUUACAAAACAUUUGCCUAUUUGUAAAAAUUUUAAAUCUAACUAUUACAGUGAUCAUUUUAUGAAAAUUUUUGAGAAUAUGUUUGAAAUUUAGCAGUAGGGGGCUCCAGCCAAUGAAAUAUUUUUAAGUGGAAACAAGUUUAGGAAUUUCUGCAUUAAAGCUACAAGACCUUAUUAUACAUUAAUGCUUCUAGUAACCAAAAUUCAAUCGCGGUAGUCCUCAUUCCUAUCAUUAUUAUAAGACUAUGACAAUAUUACUCACAUUAACCAAAUGAAAUGAAUACAUUGUUGAAUACCGAAAUUUGAUUACUUCUGAGAAACAUAAGGAUAAUUAUAUUUGUAUUGAGAAUUUAGUUUUGUUACGAGAAGCAGUGAAUAGUGAAAUUAAGUGUUGUAUGCGAUAACGAUAUCCAAUGAAAUAAAAUGUUUUUAACGAUUGUCUGCGAAAGACUCUUUAUUUUUGAUAAUGUUGAUCGAUUGAAUUUUUUCAAUAAAAUUAGAGAUGAUCUGUAGAACUGAGUAACUUUUUGGAGAUUUUUGGGUUUUAAAAGUAGCUAUUGUCUGGCUUAUACAGUUUAAGUAAAUUAAUAUUUAUUGUACGCACACAAAACACUCUUAUGUUUUAGGUGCAAUAUGAGAAACAAACGCAAGAACUCACCAAUUUCCCAUAUCAUAAGCCCUGAAGUUUUACCCUUCAUAAAUUUUUAAUUGCCUAAUUUCAUUUAUAUGUAUUUUGUCUUAAAAAAAUUGAUAGUUCUAAUACCACGCUGAUGCUUAUGCCCAGGAACAAAGAUCUGUACAUACUAUAUCAUUUAGUAGCCUGUCACACCAGAUGUGUCAAAAAUGUAUAAAGCUAAGAUUUAUUGAUAGUGUAUAUUUAAGAGUAUUCGACAGACCAUUCGGUGAAAUGUAGAUUAGGGCGCACUCGAACUGCGGAUGUAAAAUCCAUUCAAAGAAAACUCAAUGAUUUCUCAAGCUGGGAUUUUAGCAAUUAUUUAAUAUUGAAGACAAAAGCUAGUAUCGAUCUUAUGCUUGAAUUCUUGAAUGUUAGUACAGCUAAUGUAGCUUUUUUGAUAUAUGAAGAGAAAGUGUAAUUAGGGGGUAUUCAUGUAUAUAUCCAUUUUUUUGUUGUUAAAAGUAUUUGAAAAAUCAAAUUUAUUGAGACAAAAGUAUCGAAACUAUUUCAGUUGAUUUUAUAAACUAGAGAACACUAAUGCUAAUAUAUAAAAUUGUAUAUGGCCAGUAGCCAUUUAAAAUCGCCACAACGCGUUCUGUGCGCCUUGCGUUUGCCAAAACGCGUUGAGGCUGUUCUGAUAUAGCCAGAACCUGAAUGAAAUUAUUUUAGAUUCAGAAGAUGUCAGCCCACAUAAUAUAAUGCUGCUUAUUAAUAAUCAUUUGGUAACAAAGUAAUACAAUACUCAUUAUUUGAAUAAAUGUUUAAUGACAACGUUUUUAUAUGUUUUAUAUCCAUAUAGUCAAUAGUUAAUAUAACUAACAUAACCUAACUGCGUCAAACAUAAAGUUCAAUGCAUUUCAAAAUGCCACAACAAUUCCUCAUGCAAAAACAAAUAUGUGGAUAUAGAAAUAUCGAUUGCAACAAUAUCUACGGCAAGAUUAUCGAAAAGUAAAUGUAAAUUAUCCUGAGAAAUAUCACUAAAAACGCUCAUAAAGGGAUAAAAAGGAAUAAACACAAAAGGAUGAUCACUGAUGAUUCGGUGAAUCGUCAAAUAAUUGAAAUUGACCAGGAAACUGGUGGCUUCUGUACGAGAAUCCAGUUCGCAGCGCCAGAAAUGUCGUUUGCAACAUUUGUCACUUUUUUAUUUUAAAAAAUACAGUUAUUACAAAUUUUUUGGAAUUUGUAUAGUAUUUAAAUAGAUUUUACUACAACAAAGGUUACAAUAAAGAUCUUACUAUACAAAAGUUAUGAAAAUACAUGUCUUCUGUUAAUUUAUAAUAUCUCGUCUGCUGAUUAAGCAUGUCGGCCGGUAACUGUUUUAUGCUUACAUUUCUAUAUGCAACGAAGAUCGAUUUUAGUAAUAUACUUUUUUAGAUUAAAACGACUGUUAAUAAUGUACAUUAACUAUUGACUAUAUGGAUAUAAAACAUCAUUAAACAUUUAUUCAAAUAAUGAGUGAGCUGACGUCUUCUAAAUCUAAAAUAAUUUCAUUCGAGUUCUGGCUAUAUCAGAACAGCCAUAACGCAUUCUGGAAAACGCAAGGCACACAGAACGCUUUGUGGCUGUUGUAAACGGCUACAGGCCGUUUUCGAUGUGUGACCGUAGCAUAUAUACCCUUCAAAAUUAUUAUAUUUAUUUCCCAAACAUGCCGGAACUAUUAAUUUUUGUAUUUCUAUCAAGGUACUUCAAAUUAUAUAACAAUUAUAAAUUAUAUUUGAUUGUUUAAUAAAUAAUUCUUUUUAUUUCUCUCUAUCAAUUAUUUUCAGUUCAAUAGUAUUAAUUGUAAUGACAAAUAUUUCUUCUAAAAUAGAAAUUUUUCGUCCUAAAAAAUAGAAAAUAUUAUGAAGUUAAUCGUUCCUUACUAUAAUUCAGAAACAUAAUAGUAUGCCAUUAACCGUACUUCGAGUGCACCUGCAUCAAAUUCAAAUAUGCUUGCUCGAUUUCAAUGUUUAAAAAGUAGAGGUAAACAAGGCAAAAAUGAAUUAGACAGAUAAAAUUGAACUGUGAAAUAUAGAUCGUUUAUAAAUUCAAACCCUGUUUUAUUUGAAAAAAAAAAUAUAGUACUGACCAACAUCAUUAAAUAUGUAUGAAAAUAUGGAGUGUGCUUAUUGAAACGAAGCUAGUUAUUCUACUUUGGCCUUUAGCUUUGCCUUUGUCUAAAUUACUACAAAUCCGUUGAAUAUUCUGAAACUUUUCUACACAAAAAAGUCUUCACGUCAGAAUUCAACGUAGAUUUCGUUCGUUAUUGAAAUGAAGUUUGUUGGUCUUGGUAUUUGGCUACUUGCAAGUCCGGUUUAGCAGCGUUUAGUAUGACGGGUCUUCAGAUCGGACAUCUACGAAUUUUCUCCUAGUCGGUAAUGUGUUAAGAAUACUGCGGUCUUGGUGUUUCGCUGCAUUCAAACUCUGUUUAUUAGCGGUUUGAGGGGUAUGGUAAUCUCAAACACCUUCGAAGUUUCAUCUGGUAGGUAUUCUGUUGAGACUACUGGGUUCUUGGUGUUUGGUUGCAUGUAAGCCCGGUGUAGCGGCUAUUUGAUGGGUCUUCAAAUCAGACACCUGCGCAGUUUCUCCUAGUCACUAAUGUAUUGAGAAUACUAUGGUCUUGCUGUUUGGCUGCAUGCAAGUCCGGUUUACCACCGGUAUGAGACCUGCAAUGGUUCUACCGGUGGGUUGUAAGGUUACCGUGGAUGGUGUUUAAAAGCACUCUGUGAGUAUCCCGCUGAAACCGAUUAAAAAGAAUAUAAACGAGAUAAAGGGUCGUAUUGAUGGAGAUUUAAGGAUGGAAUGGGAGUACGUGAUUGUCCUGUGCCGGAAACCGUGCUAGAGGCGAAUGAGUGUUCGAUGGAAAUUGAUGAGUUCAACAAAUUGUGCGUGGUGUAGUUAUUUCAUGGGGAACUAGUGUACAGACUAGAUAGAGCAUCAUUAACUAAAUAAAGGUAAGAUGAAGUCAAUCAUUUUUUAUAAAGAAUAAUUUAUGACGCAGUAUGAGUAAUGACAUUCGCAACAAUUUUUUCAAACGAAUAUCACGUAUCACAAGUUCAAAAUAAUCGGUAAAGGGUGAAUGUGAGCGCAAAAGUUUCUUACAUACCUUAGUUUUUCUAUAAUAAUAUUUGGCAUAUUUCUACCUUUCGUUUUUAAUUCUAUCUCCGUAGAAAUAUUCACAAAUCUCUAAUAACUUGAAAAUAACUUUCAUAGUGCAGAAAUUCAAUAACACUAUUUUACACCAUAUUCUAAACAUGCUUAUCGGCAUGUUACUUUUUUCGAUUAUUGUGGCUUAAUUAUAAUGUUCCAGUAUUUGAAAAAAUGUAUUUGUUAUCAAAAAAUUCAAGGCUGCCAGGUAGGAGUUCAUUAAAAAGCUGGUGGCGUCCAAUUACAUUCAUUAAUUCCGAAAAAACCAUUAACAAUAAAUUUUGAUUGUUAGCUUUGUUGUUCUGAAUUCAACAUUAGACUUCUAAAAAUUAUAAUGCUGUGGUAAUUUUUACCUUUUCUAGAUUAUUGUCUUCUAAUGAAAACGGGUCCCAACUUUCUCUAAGUGAAGCUACUUCUUAAUGAUUAUUAUUAGAUGUAUGUGAUUAAUGUUGAUACUAGUUCAUUCUCUCUAUCACUGAAGGAUAAAGAAGUACCAGAGGAAUUUGACUCGUACAAUGUAUGAAAGUAGCUUUCAUUGACAUUAAAUAAGUUAACAAUAUAAAUGAUUUCGAAUUCGCUUUUCAUAUAAACAAUAGGAAUAUCUGGGUUUCAAAAAUAUAACACACAUUUUCAAACAAAAAUAUAUUACCAAAAACAUAAUACUACAAUACUAAUAAGAGUACAAAAAAUCUGUUUUUUUUUCAAAUGUGACAAGAUACUAUAACUAGGUAGUUUUACCAAAAUAAAUAUUUGUUCAAAAGAUCUAUUGUUAUUCUGGGAACUUCUACUCUUGUUUGGUAAAAGAAUGUGAAUGAAGUAGUAAAUAAUUGGAUCACUAAAGCUUUCAGUAGAAAAAGAGCACAUAACCAUAAUACUUUUAUAAAACUAGUGUACUGGUCAUACAGGUACAAUAUUUUAGCAAAUUAUUCAAUAUUUUAUAAAAUGGAGAUGUGCUCUUUUAUAAACAUAUCAAAUUGGAUUAUAGCACAUGGUACAAUGGGAGAGCAAAAUUGUUUAUAACAUUGAAUUAAAAGAUUAAGGAUUUCUGAUGUCUCAUCUGAUAAGAAUUUGGGCAAUUUUCAGUGAUUUCAUACUGUUUACUCCUACUACACCUAUACUCACAUUUGCACUGUUUGAAACAGGUUUCGAUCACGCAUCAAGAAGUUUGCCUUCAGAAUCUAAAUUCGAUAAAUUAUCACACGCGUUUUAAGCAGUGUUAUUGUGAUUAUUGGUGUAAACAAUAAUAUCUAAUUUAAUAUUUUAAAUAUUUGGUUUGAUUUUAUAAACUAGGCAAGUGUGAGUUUUAAACUUAUAAUCCAGAAAUUUUACGCCGAACUCUUUUAAUCCUAUAUAACAAAUAUAGAUUUGAGAUUUCGAUCAAGACAUAUGCGGCUAUAAAUAUAACAACCAUUCACACCGCAAAAGUGCAUUACAUGACUGUAUGCUGUAUGUUGCUACACUGUAAUUGUCCAAAUAACUCUCAACAACAAACCUCCUAGAAUUAAUAUUCUAGGAGAGAAAGAAUUGGUUCAAAUGUGACUGAUGAAACACAUUGACACUUUUGAAAUGCUGCAUUUUUUGAUCUAUGAAUAAAUAUUCUAAAACGUAGAUUUUGAUUUUUAUUUCGUUUUAUAAUUCAAGACACCUUUUUCAAUGACUAUCUAGAUCAUUAAACGAAAAAUGUGUGUGCAUUCCAUGCAAAGCAUUAUCAGUUUUAUAUGAGAUUAAUAGUAUUUUUAAUCACUUUUUCGGAAAAUCAUAUUCUGCAGUUUUUCAUAUUUAUAUAAAAGCAAAGACUCAAUGAAUAAAAUAAGUGAAUAAGGAAUGUACCAAGUAGCUAAAUAAGUAACGUAAUGUAAUGUAAGUAAUGCUACUACUAAAGCUACUCCUUAUUGAUCUGAUAUUUAUUUGGCUUUUCAGUAUACUUUUUACAGCAAAUUUUAGGAAAAACUAAUUCUUAUUAUUGUUACGGCCGCUAGUUAAUAUUUAAAAAAUCUGAAAAUAAUUUCCAGUAAUUUCACUGGACCUCUUACAUAACAAUAAUUUUUACCGAAAGGUCGUAAGUUAAGCGGUUUCACACUUAUUUGGCCCAGUACAAGGACAUUCUCACUAAUUCUUAUUUCUUCAACUUUAUCUUUUUCAAUGUAGCAGAUUUAUCGAGGAUGGCUCAUUUCUGGCAUCUUUGUAUUUUUUUAACUUUCGUUUUGUUAUUUAUUCUAUCCAUGAAGGAUUCAAGUCGUUUUCGAUUGAAGGAUUUUCUUUUCAAUAAAUCUCUUGAAUUUCAGUAAGCUUUGUAAUAUUGGAUUUACCAUUGUCUGUUAUAGAAUUGAAUAGUAUUUUUAUGAAAUAAUUCCACAUCAAAUUAUUCAAUUUCAUUGUAAAUAUUGCGCGAUCCACAUCAGGUAUCAUUAUUAAACAGUUCUGAAUAUACCACAUUAUACAUAUAUGUGAAAAUAAUUGGUUCUUGGAACUAAGAUGGAAUGUAGUUAAUACUAAUUUAUUGAAAAUAGUUCAUUUUCCUAUCCCACUGUACUGUGCAAUAACCAUAAAGCAAAUGUCUUUACAGACAAUUAGAAAGUAUGUAUGAUACGACACUGAAAAAA